AUGAAGGGAAAGGAAAAAUGUGAGCAAUGCAAGAAGAGAGAAGUGAGGAACCUUCCAGGUGUAGAGGGUCAGCUAACUGUGGAAUCCAGUUGCGAUAAUAGUUGUAGUGGUUAUAAUGGUGGAGGUGAAAGUGAUAAUGGUGGUAGUUGUGACAAUAGUAGUAGUGGUGAUAAAGGUGGCGGUGACAGUGAUAAUGGUGGUAGUUGUGAUAAUAGUAGUAGUGGUGAUAAUGGUGGCGGUAGUUGCAAUAAUAGUUGUAGUGGUUAUAAUGGUGGAGGUGAAAGUGAUAAUGGUGGUAGUUGUGACAAUAGUAGUAGUCGUGAUAAUGGUGGCGGUGACAGUGAUAAUGGGGGUAGUUGUGAUAAUAGUAGUAGUGGUGAUAAUGGUGGAGGUGAAAGUGAUAAUGGUGGUAGUUGUGACAAUAGUAGUAGUGGUGAUAAUGGUGGCGGUGACAGUGAUAAUUGGGGUAGUUGUGAUAAUAGUAGUAGUGGUGAUAAUGGUGGAGGUAAAAGUGAUAAUGGUGGUAGUUGUGAUAAUAGUAGUAGUGGUGAUAAUGGUUGUGGUGACAGUGAUAAUGGUGGUAGUUGUGAUAAUAGUAGUAGUGGUGAUAAUGGUGGCGGUGACAGUGAUAAUGGUGGUAGUUGUGAUAAUAGUAGUAGUGGUGAUAAUGGUGGUAGUUGUGAUAGUAGUAGUGGUAAUAAUGGUGGUGGUGACAGCGAUAAUGGGGGUAGUUGUGAUAAUAGUAGUAGUGGUGAUAAUGGUGGCAGUGAUAGUGAUAAUGGUGGUAGUUGUGAUAAUAGCAGUAGUGGUGAUAAUGGUGGAGGUGAAAGUGAUAAUGGGGGUAGUUGUGAUAAUAGUAGUAGUGGUGAUAAUGGUGGCAGUGAUAGUGAUAAUGGUGGUAGUUGUGAUAAUAGCAGUAGUGGUGAUAAUGGUGGAGGUGAAAGUGAUAAUGGGGGUAGUUGUUAUAAUAGUAGUGGUGAUAAUGGUGGCGGUGACAGUGAUAAUGGUGGUAGUUGUGAUAAUAGUAGUAGUGGUGAUAAUGGUGGUGGUGACAGUGAAAAUGGGGGUAGUUGUGAUAAUAGUAGUAGUGGUGAUAAUGGUGGUGGUGACAGUGAUAAUGAGGGUAGUUGUGAUAAUAGUAGUAGUGGUGAUAAUGUUGGAGGUGAAAGUGAUAAUGGGGGUAGUUGUGAUAAUAGUAGUAGCGGUGAUAAUGGUGGAGGUGACAGUGAUAAUGGUGGUAGUUGUGAUAAUAGUAGUAAUGAUGAUAAUAAUGGCGGUGAUAAAGGUGGUAGCUGUGGUGGUAAUAGUAGUAGUGGUGAUAAAGGUGGUAGCUGUGGUGGUAAUAGUAGUAGUGGAGAUAAUGGUGGUAGUUGUGGUAAUAGUAGUAGUGGUGAUAAUGGUGGUAGUUGUGGUGGUAAUAGUAGCAGUGGUGAUAAUGAUGGUAGUGAUAGUGAUAAUGUUAGCAGUGGUGAUCGCGGUAGGGAUGAUGGUAGUGGUGGUGAUAAUUGUGGUAGCUAA